AUGAAAGUGCCUCUGAUAGCUGUUUCCCGAGUAGAAAGUGUCAAAACUGUUGAGGGUGCCGUCGGUCGCUUACUGACGGCCGUUCGUAGCCGUUCUUUACGACGAAAGAAACCGAAACAGAAAUCAGUGUACAAAUCUCGAUCCGAGAAUCGCGCUCGAAAAGCUCUACGUACAAUCACGUUCAUUCUGGGCGCCUUCAUCGUGCUAUGGACACCGUUCUACGUACUGGCAACUAUCUAUGGAUUUUGUGAAAGUUGUAAAAGCUCACCAGCAUUCAACAUGCUCUACUCGAUCAGUUACUACUUGUGCUAUAUGAAUUCGCCAUUGAAUCCAUUCUGCUAUGCCAUGGCUAAUCAGCAAUUCAAAAAGACGCUCACACGCAUUUUCAAAGGCGACUUCAGGAGAAUGUAG